AAGGACCCGCAGACAAUCCUCCGAGAUACGAAAUAACCCCAGGCUUCUCUCCUAACAACUAACCCUAAUACCUCGCCGUCAUGUUUCCUCCCGGUCGCGGUAACGACGGUCUAUACGUGGAUCGCAGAUUUGUGAUCAGCCUGUUCGGCACGAGCCUUGUACUCACAGCGGAGGGAAAAGAUGUCUUGCUGAGGGAGUAUGAAGAGGGAAGUGAGAACCAAAUCUGGGUCUGCAAAAUGAACCGUUACAAUCGAUUUGGGAUGCGGAAUGUAGCGACCGCGCGUCUGCUGGGCCGGAGCGGUCAAAAUAGUCGAAUUGGGUGCUACGUGACGGAGCAUCUCGAUUGGGCAAGCCUUACUUUCACGAGGCUGGACGAGGGCGGCUAUUCGCUAAUGGUUAUGAGUGUCGACCAACAAUAUCAAUUCCCAAUUCAGUUUAUCGAUGGAGGUAGUCCCUGUUUAAGGAUCGGGGGGGGGAGAGCUCAGUUUGGGCUGCAUCAGCUCAAGAACUCCGUCUUCAGGCGGUUUGAGUGGGUAAUCCCGAAUCGUCUCGCACGCUCUUCUGCACCAUACUAUGAUGGCGAGGAUUCCGAUGAGAGUAUUAACGAAACCUCAAUCGAGUUCCUGGCCAAGCAUGGUAUACAGAACAUCAUCAGCUUGAACUCCGUUGAGCUAUCGCCACGGGAGAGGGGCAGGCUACGUGCCGCCAAGAUCUCGUAUUCGUACAUGCAGACUCAGCAGUGUUCCGCUCCUACCCAGGAGCAAUUUGAUCAGAUCUGGAAUGCAUUUGAAAAAGGGGGGGUUACCAUCGUCUACUGCGGAUUUGGAGAUGGGAGGACCGGAACGGCUAUCAGUGCAAUUCAAAUCUUCCAGGGUCGUAUCCUGAGCGAAAUGGAUUACAGGGCGAACGGUGUGCAAUGCACCAGCCAGAUAGAGGCAUUAAAUGCAUUAAGGGAAAGAAUUGAUGGGUGAGUCUCUCUUCGGAGACAGUGUCUGCCUUUUCAAACGCUGAUAGCGAAAUAGUGUCGAUAACGAUAGCGAUUCUCCCGACCCCCAGGAUAAUCAACCCCCACCAUAUACAGCGCUUAAAAAAGACAAGUAAUAGGAUACACGACGAUGGGAUUAUGUGAGGAUGGUAGGAUAAGGAGGAAUGCGUAUUAGCGAUCAGCGGUAGUGCCUUGGUACGGUAGUGUAAUUAGGAAAUUGUGCGAUGGUUGGGCGGCUCGCACCGGCGAUGCGCUACAGGUACAUGUAAGGGAUUGACGGAAAAGCGCAGAAUCCGUUGCUGUUAGGGAGAACAAGUGGGCUGAGCGCGAGGGGGCUAAGAAAAGACAUUUCUGUUUCUAUCAGUUUUCGAUUUGGGAAGGAGUUCGCUGCUCGUCACUUAUGACCUUUGGUUUCAUAAUGAGGGUGGUGGGUGGCACUCCGUUGCUCCUGAUUUUGUUCGGCCACCCUUGGCUUUAUUAUUGGCCAAUUCCCUAGCUCUACCUA